AUGCCUCCCCAGAUCCCUGAAUUCGAGGUUUUCCGUGUGUUGCCAGGAAAGGUAGCCCUGAUUACCGGUGGUGCCCAAGGCAUUGGAAAGGCCACAGCAUCCGCAUUCCUCAAAGCUGGCGCCAAGGUUGUCAUCUGUGAUAUCCAGGAGGAAAAGGGUGAAGAGGUGGCGAAGGAAUUAUCAGCCCUCGGAGAGAUUCUCUUCUACAAGGCAGAUAUUUCAGUGGAGGAUGAGGUUGCCAAGCUGGUGCAAUUCGUCGUGGAGAAAUUCGGACAAUUAGACUGCGCUAUCAACAAUGCUGCUCUGACGCCCGAUUCUACCCCAUUUGAGAAGAUGGAUGUAGCAUACUUCAACAAACUCGUUGGUAUUAAUCUGACCGGAACAGCCCUCUGCAUCAAGUACGAGAUGCAGCAGUUUAUCAAGCAAGGAAAUGGGGGAACCAUUGUCAACCUGGCCAGCGGCGCUGCCUACAAGCCGGAGCCCAACAUGCCCGCAUAUGUAUCAACCAAACAUGCGAUUGUGGGCCUGACGAAGCAGGCAUGUCUUGAAGGUGGUCCUCAUGGUAUCCGUGCUAAUGCACUUGCCCCUGGCGCUAUCUACACUGCCAUGAUCGAGGACGUUCUUAAGGCUUUUGGCACGACAGAGGAACAGUUCGCGCCUCAGAUUUCAUACCUCAACCGAUUUGGACUCCCACACGAGGUCGCACAGGCUGCUCUUUGGCUGUCUUCCCCUCAGUCAUCCUAUGUGACGGGGAUGACCAUGCCGAUCGACGGAGGAUUUUCAGUCAAAUAG